AAUGGCGUCUUCUGCUCCGUGGAGUUUCACGGCAAUUCGGGCGGCUCUGCCGCCCGUCAAUUCAUCUCCGUCGCGUCCUUCUCCUUGCUGUCUGACCGGGCAUUCCCCUUCCGGGCUGAGAUUGUCCAGGUCCAGGUCCAGACCCGGCCCGCGGCCUCUCAACGCCUUUGUGGGUCUAGCACCUUUGCACCCCCUUCUGGCCCUCUCUUCCGAUCAAGAAUCAACGAGCUUCGAACAGUGUUUCUCCGGGGUCAACAAUGGCAGCCGUGUAUAUGCCAUGAGGCACGGGAGGAAGGUUCCAAAACUAAACCGACCCCCAGAUCAGCGCAAGGCGCUCCUACGAGGCUUAACAACUCAGCUUCUGAAGUAUGGGCGUAUAAAGACCACGAGAGCCCGAGCAAGCGCAAUGAGAAAGUACGUCGACAAAAUGAUCACGCUGGCCAAGGAUGGGUCUCUUCACAAGAGAAGGCAAGCGCUCGGGUUCAUCUAUGAGAAGCAAAUAGUGCACGCGUUGUUCGCGGAGGUGGGGGAGAGGUACGGAGACAGAGAGGGCGGGUAUACGAGGAUAAUCCGGACGUUGCCGAGGAGAGGAGACAAUGCACCCAUGGCUUUCAUUGAGCUUGUCUGAUUUGAGGUUAGCUAGCUACCUUGCUUGUUUUGUUUGUAUGUUGUCAUUUAGUAUUUUGGAAUUCGCAUUGAUAUUAUUAUGUACUUGGUUGUUCAUAUUUGCAUAUUUCGCAUUUGAACUUGGCAAUGCUUAAAGAGUUAUUUAUGUCGGAGAUAAAUUGCAUUUUAUCAAAAAUAUAAAAGCAUUUGUUUUUUU